GCGCGUCUUUCCGAAUCCAUACCUUCGCUGGAAUCGCCGCCACACUGAGUCUGUGUAAUGUAUUCGACUUCAGCAAAUCUACUCUAGGACGACUACUUCCCCGCCUUGAUACCCUCACUCAUGGACGUCGCAUGGACCAGGAUCCUCGCACGACUGGCGCGCGCCGCAACGUACAUCCUACGUUUCAAUCUGCCUUGGACGCUAUGGCGACUACUUCCAUCGUCGCUCCGGCUCUCUUGCUAUCGCAGACUUCAGCGUUGUGGACACCGAGAGCCGUUCUCCUCGAUCACCCAGUUGCCCUUCAACCUGGUACUCAAAGAGAAGCGAGAAGACCCACGUAUCGAAGUUGACAAUACUCGUUUUGUGUCCACACACACGAGCAUCCCUGUCCCACAGAUUCUCGAUGUCAUACUACUCUCCACGGCAGAAACAGAGAAGGGAGGCGUUAUCCUGAUGAGCAAGAUAGAGGGCGAAUCGUUGUGGGAGUGGGUGAUCCCGCGGAUACGACACGCACCCGAGGCCGCUGCGCUCAUCGCGCAACUGGAAGCGUGCAUGGAGUCCAAUGACCUUGAACCCAUAAUGGGAAUCGCCGCUGAACUGGAGAAGAUGCCUAGGCCGACCGUCGAUAUGUCCGAUGACGAUCUGCUCGUGAAGGAUCUGCGACGCGCCAUGAACGAGCUCAGAGAUCUCCCGCCUCCAUCGCGGGCCGUCAGCGGGCUUGCAGGACGCCCGCUCCUCAUCGGCCGCGCAGGGGAGAAGUACUUCGCGGGCCCGUUCGCGGACCAGGACGAGUUCAAGGAGGCGCUCUUUCGCAAAGUCAGCAAUAUAUUCAGGUAUCGCCUCCCGCGCUUGCGCCGUCUUGCGGAGCCCGUGUUUGCGAAGACGCACCGCAUCUGCUUCACCCACGCGGAUCUCCACCAUGACAAUAUCCUGAUUAAGGACGGCCGUCUCGCGGCGAUUAUCGACUGGGAGCACGCGGGAUGGUAUCCGGAGUAUUGGGAGCUGACGACAAUGGAGGCGUUGAUGGUACGCACGUACUCGAUGAAUGCUUUCUGGGACCAGGUGCACCCAUUUGGGUUGGGUGCCUACCGGGAUGAGCUCAAGCUAGAGUGGGUCCUGUCGCGCUCGACAGGUCUGAUGGGUGUCGUUGGCGAGGACGGCGACGAUUAUGAGUGCCCCCGGUGAGUACGGAGAGGUACGCAUGAUGUUAUAUACUGACACAACACAACGUCAAUCGAUCAGGGUGCCUUCAGAGACGUUAGAAGAGAAGGCUUAGCUGCCCAUGGACUGAUGCGUCGACUGGUUGUUUCAUUGCAGCAGAGAAAUUGCUUCACGUUGUACUUACUCGCUCUCAUAUCGCUUUCGUGUUUAUAUCUGACGUUGCAUGGUCUUUGUCAACUCGCAUGGACUUGGGGGCGGAUCCUCUCUUAUACAUCCACCUACAGCAAGACUAACGCUCAC